AUGAUGAGCCUCAGGGAGGAGCAGGUACGUGACUUCCUGGAUAGGAACCCUGACUUCGCCCACCAGUACUUUGAGAAAAAGCUGAGCCCUGAAAAUGCGGCUGCAGCCUGCGGGGACGGGCGCCGGAUAGACUGUGGCAGCCUACGGGAGCUGUGUCAGGUGGAGGAGAGCAUGGUUCUGUUUGAGCUGGUACAGGACAUGCAGGAGAGUGUCAACAUGGAGCAUGUGGUCUUCAAGAUCCUGCAACGUCUCUGCACCCUCCUGCAUGCAGACUGCUGCAGCCUCUUCAUGUACCGCCAGCGCAAUGGUGUGGCUGAGCUCGCCACGCGGCUUUUCAGUGUGCAGCCGGGCAGGGUCCUAGAAGACUGCCUAGUGCCACCCGACUCUGAGAUCGUCUUCCCCCUGGACAUCGGAGUAGUUGGCCAUGUGGCCCAGACGAAGAAGAUGGUGAACGUACAGGACGUGACAGAGUGUCCCCACUUCAGCUCAUUCACAGAUGAGCUCACUGACUACGUGACAAGGAGCAUCCUGGCCAUGCCCAUCAUGAAUGGCAAAGACGUCACGGCUGUGAUCAUGGCAGUGAAUAAGCUCAACGGCCCAUGCUUCACAAGUGAAGACGAAGAUGUCUUCACAAAGUACCUGAAUUUUGCCACAUUAAACUUGAAGAUCCAUCACCUAAGCUACCUCCACAACUGUGAGACACGCCGAGGCCAGGUACUGCUCUGGUCAGCCAACAAGGUGUUUGAGGAGCUGACAGACAUUGAGAGGCAGUUCCAUAAGGCCUUCUACACUGUGCGGGCCUACCUGAACUGUGACCGGUACUCCGUGGGCCUCCUGGACAUGACCAAGGAGAAGGAAUUCUUCGAUGUGUGGCCUGUGAUGAUGGGAGAAGCCCAGUCAUACUCAGGCCCACGCACACCGGACGGCAGGGAAAUUGUCUUCUACAAAGUCAUUGACUACAUCCUCCAUGGCAAGGAGGACAUCAAGGUCAUCUCCACACCCCCGGCCAAUCACUGGGCCCUGGCCAGUGGCCUUCCAACCUACGUGGCAGAGAGUGGCUUUAUCUGUAACAUCAUGAAUGCCACUGCUGAUGAGAUGUUCAAGUUCCAGGAGGGGCCGCUGGAUGACUCUGGCUGGGUCAUCAAGAAUGCGCUGUCCAUGCCCAUCGUCAACAAGAAGGAGGAGAUAAUGGGGGUGGCCACCUUCUGCAAUAGGAAGGACGGGAAGCCCUUCGACGAGCAGGAUGAGGUCCUCAUGGAGUCCCUGACACAGUUCCUGGGCUGGUCAGUGCUGAACACAGACACCUACGACAAAAUGAACAAGCUAGAGAACCACAAGGACAUCGCACAGGACAUGGUUCUGUACCACGUGAGAUGUGACAAGGACGAGAUCCAGGACAUCCUGCCAACCAGGGAACACCUGGGGAAGGAGCCAGCCAACUGUGAGGAGGAGGAGCUGGGGAAAAUCCUGAAGGAGCAGCUGCCUGAGCCCACCAAGUUCGACAUCUAUGAGUUCCAUUUCUCCGACCUGGAGUGCACCGAGCUGGACCUGGUCAAAUGUGGCAUCCAGAUGUACUAUGAGCUGGGCGUGGUCCGCAAGUUCCAGAUUCCCCAGGAGGUCCUGGUGCGGUUCCUGUACUCCGUCAGCAAAGCCUACCGGAGAGUCACCUACCAUAACUGGAGGCACGGCUUCAACGUGGCUCAGACUAUGUUCACGCUGCUCAUGACAGGCAAGCUGAAAAGCUACUACACAGACUUGGAAGCCUUUGCCAUGGUUACAGCUGGCCUGUGCCAUGACAUCGACCACCGUGGCACCAACAACCUGUACCAGAUGAAGUCCCAGAACCCCCUCGCCAAGCUCCACGGCUCCUCGAUUUUAGAACGUCACCACCUGGAAUUUGGGAAGUUCCUGCUGGCUGAAGAGAGCCUGAACAUCUACCAGAACCUGAACCGGCGGCAGCACGAGCACGUGAUCCACCUCAUGGACAUCGCCAUCAUAGCCACGGACCUGGCCCUCUACUUUAAGAAGCGGACAAUGUUUCAGAAGAUUGUGGACGAGUCCAAGAACUAUGAAGACAAGAAGAGCUGGGUGGACUACCUGUCCCUGGAGACCACUAGGAAGGAGAUCGUCAUGGCCAUGAUGAUGACUGCCUGUGACCUGUCUGCCAUCACCAAGCCCUGGGAAGUACAGAGCAAGGUUGCACUUCUGGUGGCUGCUGAGUUCUGGGAACAAGGUGAUUUAGAGAGGACAGUCCUGGAUCAGCAGCCCAUUCCCAUGAUGGACCGGAACAAGGCGGCUGAGCUCCCCAAGCUGCAGGUCGGCUUCAUCGACUUCGUGUGCACGUUCGUGUACAAGGAAUUCUCCCGCUUCCAUGAGGAGAUCCUGCCCAUGUUUGACCGCCUGCAGAACAACAGGAAGGAGUGGAAAGCGCUGGCUGAUGAAUAUGAGGCAAAAGCAAAGGCUCUGGAGGAGGAGAAGCAAGAGGACAGAACAGCCAAGACAGUGGGCAUGGAAGUCUGCAAUGGUGGCCCAACACCCAAGUCUUCAACCUGCUGCAUCCUAUGA